CAGAUGGACAAGCUUCCACUGCCUCCAUGGGCCAUCAUCGCCAUCGCGAUCGUAGCCGUGGUCCUCAUUCUCACGUGCUGCUUUUGCAUCGUUAAAAAGACCUGCCUUAAGAAGAAAAAAGGCAAGAAGGGAAAGAAAGGCAAGGGAGACAUGGGAAUGAAGAACAUGAAGGGAGGAGAGAAACAGGACGAGGAUGACGAUGAAGAAGAUAUAGACAUGGGAAUAACUGAAGAGAAAGAGGAGGAACCGAAAGAGAAGGAGAAGCUCGGCAAACUGCAGUUCUCCCUUGACUACGACUUCUCUGACAACAAGCUGACAGUGGGCAUCCUGCAAGCCGCAGAUCUUCUCUCCAUGGACAGUGGCGGCACCUCAGACCCGUAUGUCAAAGUAUUCAUUCUCCCUGACAAGAAGAAGAAGUUUGACACCAAGGUGCACAAGAAAACUCUCAACCCCGUCUUCAACGAGACUUUCCACUUUAAGAUUCCGUUCACUGAAAUGGGAGGAAAGACUCUGGUCAUGUCUGUGUACGACUUUGACCGUUUCUCGAAGCAUGAUGUGAUCGGUGAGGUGAACAUACCCAUGAACACCCUGGACCUGGCACAACCUAUCGAGCAAUGGAGAGACCUGGAUAGCGCAGAGAAAGAGGAGCCUGAAAAGCUUGGAGAUAUCUGCAUCUCUCUGCGCUAUGUACCUACAGCUGGAAAACUCACCAUCUGUAUCCUUGAGGCUAAGAACCUGAAAAAGAUGGAUGUUGGAGGACUCUCAGAUCCCUACGUGAAGAUUCAUCUUCUGCAAAACGGCAAGCGGCUGAAGAAGAAGAAGACGACUGUGAAGAAGAACACACUGAACCCAUACUACAACGAGUCCUUCAGCUUUGAGAUCCCACAGGACCAGAUGCCGAAAAUACAAGCUGUGAUCACGGUGCUUGACUACGAUAAGAUCGGCAAGAACGACGCCAUCGGGAAGAUCUGGGUGGGCAGCAAAGCGCAGGGCACUGAGCUCCGGCACUGGUCCGACAUGCAGGCGAACCCACGCAGGCCCAUCGCUCAGUGGCAUCCACUCAAACCCGAGGAGGAGGUGGAUGCCACGUUAGCAGCCCUCACUGCCAAGAAGUAAUCCUGUUCUUCUUCCUUCCCUCCCUCUCUCCUUUCCCUCCCCCUUUCCUUUCUUUCACUUUUCAACAUGCACAACACGUCAUCUUACCCAAUCAGCACUGAAUUACAGCCAUGGGCCACCAGACUAGAGGUAUUAAAGAAGACCAGCUCAAAUGAGACUCUUUCCACAGAUGUUCCUGAAGACAGGCCGAGCUCAAAGGUGUGUAUAUCCUUGAGGUUUAUUCACAGAAGAGAUGUAAGCUCACAAAUAUCCAAAAGCAUUCCAAAGUUUUCCAUCGGGGACCAUGGAUAGAAAACACUGCCUCUUCCACUGCCUAAUUUAACACAUUCCUUCUAGAUUCUCUGGUCAUCUAGAUUAAAUCAGUUCUGUUACUUUUGUUGAGUCUGAAAGGACAGUGAAGAAUUAAUUAAAAAAAAAAGUGGGAACUGGAGAGAUAGUUGGACUCGAUGCUCCUGCCCAGCCAGAAGGAAUCUUUCACUGCCUGCAAAACAACCUCUUCUUCCAUUCUUCAGUUCCAGCUGUCAGCUGGCUUCUUCCACUGCCCAACAUCCUAACAAACCCUGACAAAAAGGAGACAAGCCUUGAAACAUCAUGAAAUAAGCAAUUCUUAACUGCCAGGGAUAUCUUCCUGUUAGCAUCGGUGUAUUGGUUUCUUUGCUUUGAUUUCUUGUAGUAAAUGUAUUCUGCCUGAGCACUUUAAAUGAAGGUGUGUUUUUGUUCCAGUCAAUGCUUCGUUUUCAACUUGCUUUUAUUGUUACCUGCCGUUUUUGAUGUUCUGAAUCCUGUUUACCAAAAAAAUGAAAAUUAAGUCAUCAUUUACUCACUUUUCUGUCUUACGGCAGUGGAACACAAAAGGAGGUGUUUCAAAGAAUGUUCACGCUGCUCUCUUCCAUACAAUGGAUGUGAAUGGUGACCAAGCUU